AUGAUACGACCUCGACGAAACUGGACAGCAGAAGAAGACAUCAUCCUGAAAAGAGAGGUUAGGCGAGUACAAGCGGAGGGUGACAACAUCAGUUGGCAUGAGAUCGCUGCAUUCCUCCCUGGGAGAACAAACAAAGAUUGCCGCAAGCGCUGGUAUGGCACAGCAGGAGCCAAGGUGAAAAAAGGGCCCUGGACAGAGGCCGAGGAUGCGCGUCUGCGGAAGGCAAUUGAGCGGCAUGGUACCAAGUGGGCUGUUGUUGCGUCUGUCGUGGGAACAAGAUUGCCGGAUCAGUGCUCUAAGCGAUGGAGUCACGCCAUCAAUCCUGAUAUUGAUCGCAGUCCAUGGACUCCACAGGAAAGGCAUGGCCACUACUGGCAGCAGAUUGUCUCUCUAUACUUCCCUGGCAGAACCAGCCUGGCCGCAAAGAACAGAUACCACAUCCUGCAAAGACGACUGAAAACCGAGGGCGGCGGAGUAACCGACCAGCUCUACAGCUGGGAGCGAGUAAUGGAUGCUAGCUCAUGGCAAGGGAUACUUUGGUCUGAUCCAGCUCAACCACCCUGCGACAAUUCUUUAGGUAUAGAGAGGAGCAUUCAAGAACUACCUUCCUCACUAGCGACAUCGCCAGCAAGCGACACACUUUCUCUCAUAGCAGCCGGCCACGCUGGGCCCGAUCAAGGACGGUCCGCUUGGCUGCCAUUGACGCCGUGCUCUCCUAUCUACUCCGGUCACAGUGAGCCUAACGUCAGUCAGAUAAUUCAGGAACCUGGAAACGGGCCUCACAUCUACGUCUUCCACAACUACAACCACGCCCUCGUUCACUCCCGCCUCGUUGACGGACUCGGGCUCAACCGAGCCGGCGCCUGA